CUCGGAUUCAAAUGCCAGCGUCGACUCGCACCAAGCGCGUGGCCGCGCCAUUGCCCAGCGCGUCCAGCGGCAAGGCGAAGAAGGUCCAGACGCGCAGUGGCAAGGUGCGCUACAAUGGCUGGGAAGUGCCGACCCACAACUACGAGCUCGACGUCAUCGACACGGCGAGCAUCACCCCUCAGCGCUUCUACGCCGAGUACGUGGCAGCGCGCCGGCCCGUCGUGCUCCGUGGCUACAUCACCGACCCGGCGUUUACUGCGCCGGUGAAGUGGACCAACGAGUACUUGAAGGCCACGGCGGGCGACGCGCCGCUCAUGGUGGAGGAGCGCAGCUCGCCGUCCGACUCGUUUGGGAAGGGCAACGAGGUGCCCAUGACGUUUCGCACGUUCUUGGACCUCUUGGAGCAGCGCGAUAUGCUGCACUACCUGACGACGCAGGACGUCGAGGCCGAUCCCGAGACUGGCCGGCCCGGCCUCAUGGCGCCGUUCAUUGCGCAGCUCGCGCACGAUUUUCCGCUGACGCCGGCGCUGCUCGGCCACCUCGUACCGCAAAACAUCAACGUCUGGAUGGGCAAUGCGGUCGAUGGGUCGACGACCGGACUGCACCACGACUACCAUGACAACUUGUACAUUUUGCUGCGCGGGAAAAAGCACUUUCGUCUCUACGCGCCGUCGGACGUCGAGGCCAUGUACACGCGCGGAUCGCUGCUGCAAGUGCACGAGAACGGCCGCAUCAACUACGAGGGCGAGCCCACGACAGCGUACGGCGCCGACCCGCUCUCGGAGCAAGCGGCUCUCGUCGCCAAGACCCAGCGCGACGCCGAAGCCGAGCUCGAAGCAGCCGAAGCCGACUUGGAAAAUGGCGUUCACGGCGCGGCCGAGCGUGUCACUGCGGCGGAAGCCAAGCUGGAAGAGGCCAUGGAAGCCGCCAUGGACGUCGAGUGGAAUGACAACGAUGAAGAUGGUGACGAGGAUGACGACGAGGAUGCGGACCAAGAUGCGGACGAAGAUGCGGAUGUGUUUGAAGAUGACCUCGCCGUGCGUCGGGUCGUCGACAAGACAAUCAAGUACCCGAUCAACUUUAGCCGCGUCAAGACGUCGCGCCCCGUAACCGAGCUUGCGGCCGAGUUUCCUCUGUUUGCAAGCGCAAAGGCGACGACUUGCGAGCUCGGCGUCGGCGAUAUGCUGUACCUUCCUGCCUCGUGGUUCCAUGAAGUGACGUCGUUUACGGAGCAUGGCGCGUCGGACAAAGGCCAUCUUGCACUCAACUACUGGUACCACCCACCGGACGUCACCACCGCGUUCACCGCGCCGUACUCGAGCUCGUUCUGGCCCGAUGAUUUUGCCGCCCGCGGCCUCGUAAAGACCGACGACUAAGAUCUGAUUGUGCGACUGGACGAGACGUCGUGUGAUCUCGCUCGCGUGGUUUGCUCUGGGUUGUACCAAAGACAUUUAAGUAGAGAAUCGGUGGGUAUUUUGGCCUUGGUCGCUCCGACGAGCAGCCUGUCGAAGCGCGAUUGGUGACUG